AUGAUAUACAACCGCACGAUUUGCCGAUGAAGCAGCGGUAAGUCGGUCGGACUGCUGCUGACCUCCUCAGACGUAACCUAAACUUUCUACCGUUACCCGACGAUCGCAUGCCCCUUCUCCUACCUCUCUCAGGCCGCCGUCUCCCGUCUCUCUGCUUUGAGUUCAGCAAGUACUUUGAGCUUGUUGGUUGUUUUCCUUGCGUUUCUUGAUCCUCACUGGGCCUAUUUUAUACAUGCGUUGCACGAGCCAUUUAUAAUUGUGUAAGUUGGGUUGUCAAUGUGACGAGGAAACUUUUGUCAUUUUGGAAAACAAGAAAUUUAUGUUUAUUUGGCAAACGUUUCUAUUCUACUUAGUAAGGAUGACCUACUAUGUUUAUUUAUGUAUUUUUGAAUUUCCAUGUUCAGGUUUCGUCCCCAGAGCUUUUGAUUAAUAUUGAUGUACAAUAGAGUUUGUGAUCACAUUUAGGUUUGUACCCAUAGAAUAACAUCACAAUGUUUUCAAGGAGAUUAAAAUUUAGCAUACACAAACAGGGUUCUUUAGGACAAGAAUAUUGGUAUUUGUUCAGGUUAAUAAGAAGGUGUAAUGACAGAUGUAACAUUUGUACCUAUCCACUACUGAGUGAUUCUUUUGUUAGACGGUUUAGCUCAGUUUCACUUCCUGACACAACUUCGCUUUCCUCAUGGAGAAGAGAGGUCAGAAUAAGCAAUAAGCUUAGUCCUAGCAUGCCAUAUGCAUGUUGUAGAUUUUACAGUUCUGAAGGCGAUGGAAAUAAUGCCAGCAGGGGCAAACAUGUGCCUGUUAAAAGUGCCACUAGCUUUGAUAAGGAAAAAGUGAGCAAGGAAGAGUCUAUUUCUGUUUCACGUCGCCAUGCUGAACAUGCUUGGCUUGGGGAACAGGACCAACUUGAUUGGCUUAGCUGUGAGAAAAUGUCAAUUGAUAGUCAAAUCAAAGAAUCCCUUUUUCUAACUAAGCGACAGCGAUUCAAGAAUGAAUUCAUGAGGAGGGUUGUUCCAUGGGAAAAAAUCAAGGUGUCAUGGGAUAAGUUCCCGUAUCAUAUUCGGGAGCACACAAAAAAUUUGUUGGUUGAAUGUGCUGCUUCUCAUCUGAGACACAAAAAAUUUGCAUUGUCUUAUGGUGCUCGGCUGAUUUCUUCAACUGGAAGGAUACUGUUACAGGGUUUUCCAGGAACUGAGCUCCUGAGAGAAAGAAUGGUAAGAGCUCUAGCUCGGGAUUUGCAGGUCCCACUACUGGUGCUCGACAGCAAUAUUCUCACUCCAUAUGACUUUGGUCAAGAAUUUGCUUCUGAAAGGGAAACAGAUGAUAGUCAUGUGGAAUCAGGAGAAGAAUGCACAUCUGAGUCUGAUGCUGAAGAUGAAAAUGCAGAAAGCAAUGAUGAAUGGACUAGUAGUAAUGAAAACAGAUCAAGUGAAAGUGAUAGCGAUGAUAUACCAGCUUCUGUUGAGACUUUCGAGAAGCUUGAACCACGUAGCCUUGAGGAAUUUGCAAAGAGAGUUGCUGGAGAAGUCGAGAGUGCCUCUACAUCAAAAGAUUCAGGUGCUGCUACACCACCUGAACAAUCAAAAAGGCCACUUAGUAAAGGAGAUCGUGUGAAGUAUGUUGGUGCUUCGGUUCAAGUCAAUUGCGGGUCUCUAUCCACUGGAAAACGUGGAGAAGUGUAUGAGAUCAAUGGUGACCAGGUGGCUGUUAUUUUUGACAAUGCUGAAAGCAAAGUGGAGGAACUAAAUGUUUAUGUUGCUAAGGAAGAAGAUGCAAAACCAUCUAUUUAUUGGAUUAACAUUCAGGAUCUUGUGCACGACCUUGAUGCUCAGGCAGCAGACUGGUACAUAGCUAUGGAGUCACUUUGUGAGAUUUUGCCAUCUCUACAACCAAUUAUUCUUUACUUUCCAGACUGUUCCCCGUGGUUGUCACGGGCAGUUCCUAAGUCUAACCGAAAAGAGUUUAUCAAGAAGGUGGAAGAAAUGCUUCAAGUAAUUCCAGGUCCUGUUGUUUUCAUCUGUGGUCAAAACAUAAUGGAAUCAGGGUUUAAGGAGAAGGAAAAUCUGCCCCUUACAUUGAAGCGGGUAGCUGAGGGAUUGGGAGUCAGCAAAUCAUUGAAUGAAAAAGACAUAUACAGACUAUUUACUAAUACUCUAUACAUCCAUCCACCUGAGGAAGACGAACAACUUAGAAUAUUUAACAAAAAGAUUGAAGAGGACCGGAGAAUUAUUAUAUCAAGGAACAAUCUUAUUGAACUGCAUAAGGUGCUAGGAGAGCAUCAAUUGUCAUGCACGUAUCUUUUGCAUGUAAAGACUGAUGGUGUGUUCUUAACAAAGCAGAAAGCUGAGAAAGUCAUUGGUUGGGCUAAGAGUCACUAUCUAUCCUCAUCUCUUCUACCCACUGUAAAAGGUGAUAGGUUGAUGAUACCUUCCGGAAGUUUGGACAUUGCAAUUGCAAGAUUAAAGGACGAGGAGUCAAUUUUAAAAAAAAACUCUGAGAGUCUAGUGACAAUUACCAAAGAUGAAUUUGAGAAAAAUUUUGUCUCAGCAUUAAUUCCCCCAGAUGAAAUAGGUGUGAGGUUUGAUGAUGUCGGUGCUCUUGAAGAUGUGAAGAGGACAUUGAAUGAACUUGUCUCACUGCCUAUGCGGAGACCUGAACUUUUUUCUCAUGGCAAUCUCUUACGACCUUGCAAGGGAGUCCUUCUCUUUGGCCCUCCUGGAACGGGUAAAACUCUUCUUGCAAAAGCACUUGCAACAGAGGCUGGGGCAAAUUUUAUCAACAUAACGAGUUCAUCACUUACAUCAAAGUGGUUUGGUGAUGCUGAGAAGCUUACUAAGGCUCUUUUCUCUUUUGCCAGCCGGCUCACACCUGUGAUCAUAUUCAUUGAUGAGGUUGAUAGUCUACUCGGAGCUCGAGGUGGCACUUUUGAACAUGAAGCAACAAGAAGAAUCAGAAAUGAAUUUAUGGCAGCUUGGGAUGGACUAAAGACCAAGGACAGCCAGAGGAUCCUAGUCCUUGCUGCUACAAAUCGUCCAUUUGAUUUGGAUGAUGCAGUAAUACGUCGCUUGCCAAGAAGGAUUUAUAUUGGUCUUCCUGAUGCAGAUAAUAGGACAAAAAUACUUAAGGUACUUCUUGCUCGAGAGAAUCUGGAACCUGACUUCAGAUUUGAUAAACUUGCCAUUGCUACUGAUGGGUAUUCAGGAAGCGAUUUGAAGAAUCUGUGCAUAGCAGCUGCUUAUAGGCCAGUUGAAGAACUUUUGGAAGCAGAAAAGGAGAGAGGUCAAAGUGUUGUUAUGCCUUCUUUAAGACUGUUGCAGUUGGAUGAUUUUAUCAAAGCAAAAUCUAAGGUUGGUGCCUCAAUUGCAUACGAUGCUACCAGUAUGAAUGAACUAAGACAAUGGAAUGAUCAAUAUGGAGAAGGUGGGAGCCGAGCAAGAUCACCUUUUGGGUUUGGGAACAGUGGACGAUGAAAAAACAGGCUUCUGAUCUCUUACACCAAAAUUUUGGUUGUAUAAUUAUCCUUAGUCUAUUGAUAACCAGCCAUCCCAAUAGAUUAAAGAAUCCCAUAUUCAACUCGCCCUUCUUUCUUCGGUAUGAUUGUUUCGUAAUGCUGGGGCCUGGGGUAGCGCAUAUAGUUCUUAUUUAGAUGGAGCUCUUUUUUCUCCAACAAGCAGCAACGAAGCAUCAUGUAUAUAGAAGGCCUUUUGUCUCAUAUAACUUAAAUCUUUAUUUUCUUUACUUUCCAUUUGAAAUUUAAAAAGGCUACAAGGAAUUUAUAUUCCAAGAACUUCUGAUCCUUCCCA